AUGGACAUCGAGGGUGAAGAGGAAGAGGAGUCAGAGGAGGAGAUACUGGAUUUCCAAACCACCCAGGAGGAAGAAGAUGUCAACAAGGAUACUCAAACACUUAAGGAAUUGAAGUGGGCAGACAUUGUCAAAGUCAACAAGAAUGCUCAAACACUUGAGGAAUUGAAGGGGGAGAUUCAGAAAUUGGUGCUGCCAGCCGAAAAUGAGCCACAAUCUCAAUUAACCAAUAUAAUUGGUGAAAAUGGAAAUUUUGUGUCGCAUAUGCCAAAGAAAAUAGAAAAUGCUGUCUGGAAGAAGCAUAAACCUAGGCUCACAGAUACUGAACAGAAAGCCAUGUUCCCUCCUAUGGAUCCCCGGGUGAUCCCAGAAGAAAAAUGGUUGGAUGUCAUUGAUGUUGCAAGAGAUCUUGCAUGUGCGCCACCAAAGCCCAAGGGACAGUUGCAUGGUCCUACAGCACGAUACCUCAGGCACAAAAAGGCACCAUAUGCAUUUAACUAUCGGGGAGAAUUACGAGCUCCAUACUAG